UUGCAUUAGUGUUUUGAAAGCGCGACAAACUUUCUUUGUGUUUUUUAUUGCAUAAUUACAUAUUAAUUUACAAAAAUGUCUUCGAUCGAAGCUGAUAAAGGUAUUGUUUAUUGCAACAGAGUUCGCGUCGGCAACUGGUAUGAGGCGGCCACAUUGGAAGAGUACAAGCUCAACAUAUUCCUUGAGCAAAUGAAGAAAGGCGAUCUCAUGCUGGCGCGGUUCCGAAAGAUGUCCGAGAAUCUGAAUAAGCCUACCAUACUGACUCAGUCAUCGGGAAGCAUCGCCUUUGGAUCGAAAAUAUCAUUGCUAGCGCCGCACGUACCUUCCACGGAUCCCCCCGUUGAAGGCAAGACAGGUCUUCUCUUGGGCGGUCGCAUUUCUUCAAACGAUAUAACGUAUUCACAAGAACUAGAGGACGGUUGCUCUGUCGUGGGACUACCCUAUACUGAACCCGCUGAAAGACACACCUUCGUAAUAACCAGCGCCGACUACUGUGACCGUACAGGCGAACCCUUGAAAUAUAAUCAGGAAUUCCUUUUAACACUCUCCUCAUCUCUCAAGAAAGAGCCCUUAUACAUAAGGUAUGAUCCGGAUCCUGUCCCGGGCUUGUGCGGUAUGUUUUCACUAUACCUGAGCAAGCAUUUUGUGUCCAAUACGCGAUGGAGAGUGUUGCCUAUCCAGCAACCCAAUAUCACUAGGUUUGAACAAGAAGGCACACACAUUAUGGUCAACAAAGAUAUCGUUAUAAAUCAUUGUUCUACAAAUCGUAAUUUAGGCAUUAAUGUGGGCCAUUGGGCUAUGGGAUUCUAUGGAAAAGUUUGCGCCCCUCUGAUAAAAACAUGUCUCGACGUUUAUGGACGGGAGUUACCAAAUAAUAUUUGGCAAAUUCACAUACCGAUACCCAAUCAAUAAGAUUAGUACCUAUAUUCACCGUUCAAGUUUUACAAAUUGUUGGUUCUAUUUCUU